UUCCGGGAGGAAGGCUCGGCGCCUGCGCAGAGGCCCGGGCGGGAGGGUUGCCAUGGCGGCGCUGAGCGGCCUGGCGUCGGCGCUGGAGUCGUACCGCGGCCGCGACCGCCUGAUCCGGACGCUGGGGUACUGCUGCCAGCUGGUUGGCGGGGUCUUGGUGGGACAAGGCCGGGCCCGGGCAGACGUGGGGGCGCGCCUGCUGGCCGUGUCCUCCCAGCUCAGCGGCUGUCGGACCACCCUGCGCCUCUUCGAUGACGCCGCCAUGUUCCUGUACACGCGGCAGUACGGCCUGGGGGCAGAGGAGGAGGACAUCUUGGUGCGCUGUGUGUCUGUCCUGGGCAACCUGGCCGACCAGCUGUACUACCCCUGCGAGCACAUCGCCUGGGCUGCCGACGCCAGGAUCCUGCACGUGGACUCGGCCCGGUGGUGGGCGCUGAGCACGGCCUUGUGGGGCCUCUCGCUGCUCCUGGGCAUUGCCAGGUCCCUGUGGGUGGUCCUGAAGCUGAGACAGCAGCUGAGGAGCGCGGCGGCCGUCAGCAGCCAGCGGCCCCGGAGCACGCGGGCGGCCGCGGAGGCCCGGAUCCAGUCGGAGCUCGUGACUGUCCUGAGCAACCUGGCCGACCUGGCCAACGCCGUGCACUGGCUGCCCCCGGGCUUCCUGUGGGCCGGCCGCUUCCCCCCCUGGCUGGUGGGCCUCCUGGGCACCAUCUCCUCCCUCCUCGGCGUGUUCCAGGCGGCCCGGGCCAGCGGCCGGGCUGGCAAGGCCGCCUCCUGACGGCCAGAGGCGCACGGACACCGCGGAGCCUCUGAAGGGAGGGCCUCCCCGCACUGCAGUCCCCGGGCAGGCGCUGGGUCUGAGCAAACAAGAGCACACGGAGUGACCGGGCACAAGCUCCGGGAGGCAGGGUGCAGGGUGGCUGAGGCCCCCCACCCAGGCCCCCUGCCCCGCUGGGAGGAGGCGACUCUCGGGCCAGGCAGAGGCCCCGGGACGCCACGCAGACGAAAAGGCACCGCGGCCUCAGCAGAGCCGCAGCCCGCCCCCGCAUCCUGUGCCCAGAUGGGCAGGAGGUAGGAUGGUACGCGCCCAACGGGCCUCAGGAAAGCCGAAUGAGAACCAAUUAAAACUGGUGCUGGUGCGAGGCCC